GUUUCUGUCCAUUCACGCUUGCUCUGCGGGUUUGGAGCCGACAUAACUUGGGAAGCCCUCGCCUACGUGACGGUGUCACGUGCUUUUGGGGUGCAUAAUUUACUCAGUCGUUGAUCUGUCGCUUACUUACUGAGUGUUCAGGUAAAAACAAGGUAGGCGUGAUGGGCGGCGCUGGCAGGGAGCACGACACGCCGCCGCCGUCGCCGUUCCGAGGCGACGACGGCGAGCGCUCGCCGUCGCCGGACGAGUUGCUGGUUGACGACGACGGCCUUGUGCUGGAGGAGGUGGCCACGCUGGACGACGGCUCGCCGCCCGAUGACGAGGACGACGAGGAGGACGCGGCGAUGGCCGAGGAGCUGCCCGAGGACGUGUCGCGGCUGACACUGGCCGGCCACACUGGCUCGGCCUUUUGCUGCGCCCUCUCGCCGGCCGGAGGCGCGCUGGCUGCGUCAGGCGGCGAAGACGACUGCGCACGCGUCUGGCGCACGGACACGGGCGCGCUGCAGCUGACCACUGACGGCCACCGCGACUCGGUGGCGCACGUGGCGUUCAGCGCCGACGGCCGGCUGCUGGCCACCGGCGACAUGGCCGGUCUGGUGCAGGUGUACCAGCUGCCAGCCGGGCCCAAGGUGUGGGACUUCGACGUCGGCUCCGACCUCACCUGGCUCGGCUGGCACUCAGCGACGGCGGCGCUGCUGGCCGGCACGCAGGACGGCGCCGGCUGGAUGUGGCGCGUGCCGCGCGGUGACACGCGUACGCUGGCCGGUCACGGCAGCGCCUGGACGGCGGCCGCCCUGCUGCCGGACGGCGCGCGUCUGCUGGCCGGCUACGAGGACGGCUCGGCGCGCCUGUUCCAGCUGCGCUCCGGCGAGACGCUGCACCAGUUUGGCGGUGCGCUGGCGCACAGCGCCGCUGUCAGUUGUGCGGCCGCCCAGCCGGCCGGCGUGCUCGUGGCGACGGCCAGUUUGGACGGGUGGCUGCGGCUGUACAGCGCCGCCAGCGGCAAGCUGCUGGGCGCGCUGGACUGUGCGCCCGACACGCCGGCGGCCGCGGCCGGGGACGCCGAGGAGGAUGGCGCCGGGCCACGCAGCGUCGAGGCGGCGGCGUUCGGCGUCAGCGACCCGGGUCUUUUGGCCACGGCGACGGUUGGCGGCGUGCUGACUGUGUGGGACGUGACGACGCAGCGGCCGCGCCACCGGCUGACGGGCCUGGCCGGCCUCAGCGGGCUACGCUGGGCGCCGGCCGCCGCCCGCCUCUUCGCUGGCUGCCUGGACGGCGCCGUCCUUCAGCUGGACGCGCGCAGCAGCCGCCUGGAGUGCCGGCUUACCUCGGCACCCUGCGGAGUGCUGCAGAUAGACGUCAGCGACGACGGUCGCCAGCUGCUGGCCGCCAUGGACGACGGAAAGCUCCGGCUGUUCGACGUGACGGAGCCGGAGCCGACGUGAGUUGGCGCCCAGCUUGACCGUGCGCGGCGGGUGGAACCCGGCGGGGACAGACAGUUGCAGGCCUGUGGUCGGGAUCAGCGGCGCGGGAGUCGCCCUAUGGUCCAGUGAUUGACGUCGACUGGUGCUCUCGGACUGACGUCUAGGUUGUUGGUACCGAGUGAAGGAUUUUUAGAGAUAUGCUGAUUGACGGUGUGGUGCUGUUUUGAUGCAACCGGACGGAAGGUGCCUGACGGCGUGUUGUUCUGAGCCGAAUGGAGGUAAAUAUAA